UAAAAUUUGUUUUUGAGUAACAGGAGAGAAAUCAUGAAAACUUUGAUGAUUUGCUUAUUGAUGAUUAGCAGUGUUAUGAUAAUAGGAAAUGUAGCGGAGGUUUCUGCUGGUAAAGGUAAGUAUUUAGAUCCAGGGGUGCUUGACCGUUGCUUGGGCUCUAACCCGCCACCCGAAUGUCAUAUUCCCGAUCCCAAGGACAAAACUCGUGCACCUGCUCACGACUAUCGUCAUGGUUGCCUCGAAAGUCAACACUGCCGUCCAAACUAAAACCUCACAUGGUGUUAAAAUAACAUUAACCCAAGAACCCUUACACAUGAUUUUUGAUACUAUAUUUACACAGAGACAAAGAUUAUGCACUGUGCAAUAUAUUAUUAUUAUUAUUAUCAUAUCGUUGUACAAUUAUGUUUCAAUUU